AUGAAGGGGUACUAUGGUAUUACCGCCCAUUUUAUCGAUAAAAAUUGGAAAUUUCAUUGUAUCCUUCUAGAUUUUGUGCCAGCACAUGGGCAACAUACUGGUAAUGCAAUUGCAAAGCUAUUUUUCGAAGUAUUACAAUUCUACGAUGUUACAAAAUGCAUACAAGGUAUUACUACCGACAAUACAAAUAGUAAUUUUACGUUCAUCAGAGAACUUCAAACGCAUAUUUCUGAAAUCGAUACAAAAAAUAUCCACUUUGUAUGUUUUGCACACAUCUUAAACUUGGCAGCUAGAGAUUUUAUGAAAAUCCUUGAUUCUGAGGUUGAAGAAACCGCCAACAUUUUGACAGAUAUAUCAGAUGAUGAUGAUGAUGACUGCCAAGUUCCGUCCUCUUCUGUAAGAAAAAUCCAUUCCCUUGCUAAAAAAUUAAAAAACUCUGAACAUUUACGUGAAGAUUUUGAAAAAUUUUGCACCACUUUAAACCUGAAAUUUACUAUGCCAAAACUUGAUGUCAUAACAAGGUGGAACUCCAUGUUAGACAUGUUGAGAUGGAGUCUAAAUAUGAGAAACGCACUUAACAUCCUUUGUGAUAAUGUAGAAAAUUUAAAAACUUUAAAGCCAACCGACACAGAAUGGUCGUUAAUUGAACGAAUUUGCCAGUACCUUAAUGUUUUUAAGAGUAUUCCCAUAAUUUUAGAAGGUGAAUCAUAUGCUACUUUACCCAUGGUAAUAAUCGGCAUUAAUAUGUUGCUGGAUAGACUAGAAUCGUGGGCUAUGGUACUUGACAAUAAACCUGAUCGAGAUGAAAUCGAUGAAAAGAUUAUAAAUAGUAUUCAAGCGGCAAGGGAAAAAAUCAUUAGACAUUACGAACGGACUAACUGGAUGUACUGUGUUGUCCUGAUUUUGGACCCCCGACAUAAAGUGGAUACAUUCUCCAAUACAAGUUGGGGAAAAGAGUUGCAGAUAGAAGCAAUUAAACAUUUUGAAUAUAUUUUUAAAGCACAAUAUUUUAGGGCUGACUCUCUGCAAAUUUCUGAACCAUCACUUCAAGUAGCAGCAUCUUCAAACCCUAGUAAAGAUAGUAGUGUCGAAAAGUUUGAAAUAGAUCUACUAAGUUUGUUUAAUCCUGGCGUAACGAAAUCGACAAAUAUAUUUCUGACCCAAGAGCUGACAGUACUGAAGAUAUUUUAG